AAACUCUGGAAACAAGCCUUGAAGGCGCCCGUCUCUCGUUUUCUCGACUGACUCUAAAACCACUGCCUCUUCAAUCUGUACACUCUUGGGAGCGGAGCCGGUGCGAUAUCUGCGUAUCCAUGGAUGAAGUGGGGGAGCAUGAACUGACUCUUGUGACUAGAAAACCUUGCUUUGGUCUCCCCACUUCCUGCCCCUCUUGCUUGCCUGUUUACAUCUACCUGAGAUUCUCUAAAAUCCCCUUCAAUAUGAGUUUCAAUCUAAUCCAUCCUGAUUCAGAUCAAAUUCCUUUUGUCGAAUCUGGUGGUUAUGUGGCCUAUAAUAAUGAGAAGGGCGGGGUUAUUGAAAGCUUGAAGGAGGAUGGUAUUCUUGAUUUGGACUCUGAGUUCCAUGCUGUCCCAGAAUGGCUAUCAACGAAGGCAAUGGUUAACUCCUGGCUUGCAGAUGCACUAUUGUACGAGCUCUGGUUGGGGUGUGAUGGAAGCUCUGCUCAUAAGAUUUAUUAUACUGAUCUUCCAUGGCCAAUAGGAAAGGUUCUGUUCUUCAAGCAAAACCAUGCUGUGAAGCAGCUACUUGGGAUCAACAAGGACAAUGUUGAGCGAAGAGAAACAGAGAUUUAUAGGAAAGCAGCCCUUGCAUAUGGAGCUUUGUCAACUAGGCUAGGCGAACAAACAUUUUUGUUCGAAAACAGGCCUACGAGUUUGGAUGCAUUGUUUCUCAGUCAUGCCCUUUUUACUCUUCAAGCAUUACCUGAAACGUCAGUGUUGCGGAGCAAGUUUCUAGAGCACAAUAAUCUUGUGAGGUACGCUGAGGAACUUAAGACACAGUUUGUAGAAGCUGCUUCAUCAUCUUCUUCUAUUCCACCGUGCCACUCAGGCCCUUCGUCAUCAGCUCCAAGAAGAGGUCCUUCAAAUUGGAGUUCAAAACGCAAGAGCAAACCAAAGAGGGAAAAAACAGAGGAAGAGAAAACAUUUAGAAGAAGGGCCAAAUAUUUCUUGGUGACGCAGCUGGUUGCUGUUCUAGUUUUUCUCUCUCUCUUGGGUGGCUCCAAUGAUGGGGAAGUUGAGCUUGAUGAUGACGAGGACGGUUUAGAUUACAAUGACUAGAAGAGGAUAAAUUCAUCUUCUCAUUUUUGCUCAUGGUUCAUGUUACCUCUCGUUGUUGCCUCACUGAAGGUAUUGUAACCUAGAUUUUUCAUAUUUUUGAGGUAUUUUCUUUCUUUUUGUAUUUUUGCAUGAUGGAAAUUUUGAGAAUAAAAGAUGUAGUUCAAAUUCUAUUUAGGGUGGUUCAGGGUAAUUAUCUGUCUCUGGCUCUCUAUGUUACAUUUGACUUUGAAUUAGACAGAUAGUUAGCAUGCAAUAUUAGUGAAAUAUGAUGGUUUAUAUACAAA